UUUCUUCUGCACUAGCCCUCACAGUAUCACGUCAACUGCACGUUGUCUGAUUUGAAAAGUGUGUGCUCAUACUACGAGUCAGCAGUUUGAUUGACACCUCACUCCGCCUCUCAGCGACCGCCUUAUCUGUGAAGUGGCCUAUCAUGGCUGUGGACAGCACUGACAGUCGUGCCCAUAGACAGUCAGACAGAUAAAAAUGUUUAUUUUCAUUGAAGUAAUGAAGAAGCGGGGAAACAUCUCCAGUUUGCGGGACGAAGGCUAAAAAUGCUGUUCAGUACAACGUACAGCAGGACAGGUAGUCACUACUUGGUAGUAGGUGACAGACAUCAAGAGAACUGUACAACGAGCUCGAAGAGGAAACUAUACACAACAAGUGGGAAAAUUAAUCUGCAUUUUGUCAGAGUCAGUACACUGGAAUAUGGAUCCACACCGCCAGGUGGGAGAGUCAAAGCUGAACUCACGGAAGUAUUCAUGGCCGUUUGGAAAACAAAUACAAACGUUUCUGGACAAAGGGCGACAGAAAAGAAAAAAACUAAAUACAAGGUGUCACAACUCGACUUACUCCACAUCUGAAUGUGACGACGUCCCCAGUUGAAGAAAGUCUUCCAUCGUGAAAAUGUUGAUCUUUAAAACAUUUUGUCCAUCUACAUAUUUGUUGGUGCUCGGAACCACCUUUGUUAGAGGGGCUCUAGGUUGCCCCCCAUCAGAGUACCCAGUUGGAGAUAAGUGCUGUCCUAAAUGUGAUCCAGGAGCCUUUGUGAAAAAAAACUGCACAGCCAUCAGGAGCACCUCCUGUCGUCGCUGUGUCGAAGGAACAUUCACAAAUGAUUUUAAUGGAGAAAGAGAAUGCUUUGCAUGUACACUGUGUAGUCCAGACUUGGGUCUAAAGACUCUGACCCCAUGCACAGUGGUGCAGGAUACAACAUGUGAACCUCUGGACGGAUUCUUCUGUAUAAACAGGACAGAGAACCACUGUACAGCAGCACAGAACCACACGAGGUGUCAACCAGGACAGUACAUCAGAAAUAAUGGAACAGCAGCCACAGACACUGAGUGUUCUGACUGCACUUCUGGGACAUUUUCUGAUGGUACAUUUACUGUCUGUCGGCCACACACACAAACAUGUCUCUCUGUGGCUGCAGGUGUGAACACAGAAGCCUUUCUACAGUAACAGAAGGAACAACUU